GGCGGUCUUGUCAGCAGGGCCUUAACUUGUGUGCCAUUGGUGGCUUCGAGGGCGUUGCAGCCCCUGAAGUUGAAUCCACUUAAUAACUCCUGUCUGGGACCGUGAACGAAAUAUAAAUACAUCUACUCAUGCUCAACUGGAAAUGGACCCGCAAACUUGGAAAUCCGGAUCAAUUUCAAUUACCUGUUUGAGAACUUUAUGAUGUCGACCGUACGAUACAUCCCUCCUUCAAUUGCUGCAGGAGCAGCCAAUAAAUCAAUCAUUUGCAUUUAUGCCUGCGCAUAUUCCGCUACACCCGUUUCGGGACCUGGAAGCUCUACAAGUGGCACACAGACCAACCACUGGGUCUUAUUCUGCUGUGUCAAUCAGCGCGACUCAUACCGAAUUGAUCCGUCUCCUUCGGGCCCGAAUUUGACAAUCACGCCAAUAAUCACUUUUAAAGGCUAUCCGUACACGGCAAACGCUUCCAAGAUUUGCCAGCUUGAUACAUCAAGCCUGACUGUUGGCAGCUUUAUUGCACUUCUGGAAAGAAGCACCUACGACAAAUACCAAUUCGAUGCUGGCGGGCAGGGCUGCAGGUACUGGAUAUACAGUGUCGUCAACCUUCUUCAAUCCCAAGGGCACAUUCAAAAUUCUUCACAGACUCAAGCCGCCAUCAAUGCCCUAGGAAUAGUCUGGGGAGACAAUCAUCAGCCCCUUCCUACUUCACAGCAGACGGGAAUUACUCCUGGAAGGUUCUAUGCCCUUAGUUAGAUUUUAUAGAAUCAUAUCAAACCCCUUAGAAACAGGUGCAUCCGAGCUAUGAGAGCACUGAAAUCGUCACUAUUUAGGAAAGGGUGGUUUGACGGAAUAUAUGUUGAAUUGCCUGUUAUGGUCUGUAGGGACUGGCGGCGUGGUUAUGGCUUAAUUGCGCAAAUGUGGUUCAGCUUUUGGAUGAAUCCUUCAUAUAUUGGAUUGAGUUUCACUCUC